AUGCAUUUCCAGAAGACAGCAGCUCUGGGCCUGCUUCGUGCAGGUCUCACGACCGCUCAACUCACCUACGCUAGCAACCAGCCCAAUGUCAUCCCCGACAGCAAGGCUGUCGCCGCGAAUUUCCCCAAAGUCGAAGAAAUCGAGCUAUUAUCGCCCGCUUUCGCGAAACCCGAGAGCGUACCCAGCACCUUUUCCAAUGGCACCAGCGGUCCAACAGACGAGGCGACUCUAGACUAUUUCCUCCGCACACUCGCCGCGCGCAACGAGUGGAUGACGUAUCACAACCCCGAUUUCAAGUCUGAAGAAGGUCGCUCAAUUCCUUACGUCUAUCUAUCCACCUCAAAGUCCGUUGUCAACAGCCUGGAGUCCCACGCCAACAGCAGCGCGCCCAGCAAGGUCCGCAUCUGGAUGCAAGGAGGCGUUCACGGCAACGAACCUGCCGGUGACCAGGCCCUCCUUGCGCUCUUGGGAAAAUUUGACGCGAACGGCACCUGGGCUAUCUCUGUCCUCGACAAGGUUGAUAUCAUGAUGCUGCCGCGGUACAACCCGGACGGCGUGGCGUACUUCCAGCGUUACUUCGCGACCAACUUUGACCCGAACCGUGAUCACACCAAGCUUGCGCGGCAGCAGACUCGCGACAUCAAGGAGCUGGUCAUGGGCUUUGCACCUCAUGUAGGCGUGGAUUGCCACGAAUACAGUCCCACGAACCCCUUUGGCGCCAAUGAGCAAUGGGUUGACGCGCAGGACGGGCAAUUCUCCGCCAUGAAGAAUGCAAACAUUCACCCGGAUAUCAGGAACAUUUCCGAGACCGUCCUGCGCUGGGGUGCCUAUGUCACGGGCCCUUCUGGCACCGACGAUGUGGUCCUGGAAGAGACGACCGGCGACGCCAAGAUCGGUGAUAGCUCCGUCGCGCUGAGCCAAGCCAUCAUGUUCCUCACCGAGACACGCGGUAUUGGGCUGGCGGACCAACACUGGCAGCGCCGCGUCGCCUCGGGGCUGACUAUGGUUGAGACGAUCGUUCAGACGGCCGCCGAUCGAGCGGAAGAGGUGUACACCACGGUAGAGAACGCGCGCGCAAAAUUCAUCGCUAGUACUGAAGACAUCAUCGUCACUGAGUCGGCCCGGCCGACCAACAUCUCUUGGCAAUUCAUCCAAGCGACGACGGGCGAAUUGGUCGACGUGCCGGUACAAUUCCUCAACACAACGCCUGUUGUCGCGAACCUCACCCGAUCCCGGCCGGAGGCAUACGUCUUCUCCCGCGCGUGGGCUGAUGUGGCCGAGCGUCUUCGUUUUACCGGUCUGGAUGUCCAGACGUUGCAGGUCGACUUCCACGGAGAGGUUGAGGCGUUCAACAUCACCGGCGCGGCGGUCGCGAGGACCAAGUACGAGGGUGUAGCGCGCACAACGGUGACGACAGAGACGGUGAAGAAGGAGAUUCGCAUUCCGGCUGGAGGAUUUUGGGUUAGCACGAGACAAAAGAAUGCCGCCCACGCAUUUGUGACCCUUGAGCCGGAGGGUAUUGACUCUUACGCUACAUUUAACGUUCUCCCGGUUAGCGUUGGCGAUGAGUAUCCUGUCUAUCGGGUCACGGUGUAG